AUGACUCUCCUUUGCAAUACUGGAGAUUGGUUUACCCUAGGCCAAGGAAAUGCAUUUAGAAAAAUCGAAUUAUACAAUAUGGAAUGGCCGACAAGCAUUAAUCUCGAGAAUAUGAUGGUUUAUGCGGCUCCAUACGGUGGCCCGAUUGCGGUUAUGAAAGAUCCUAGGUUAUUCAUCAAACUAGAUGGAGGAACCAGCACGAGACCCAUUAUUCGAGUGUUCAACUGCGUUGGAAAGCUAAUAUCUUCUAUCAGCUGGGAUUGCGGAAAUUUAGUCACACUAGGUUGGUCUGAUGCAGAAGAAUUAGUCGGUGUGCAGGACGAUGGGGCUAUCUUCAUACAUGAUAUGUUCGGCAAUUUUGUGCAUAAAUUUAGCGUUGGUAAAGAUGUAACGGAUGUUAUUGAUGCAAAAAUAUUUACAUCCGCUUCUGGUACCGGAGUGGCAGUGCUGACAUCGAACUACAAAAUUUAUAUCCUAAACAACAUCAAGGAUCCCAAGUCUCGCCCACUCUCCGAUCUACUAAAUCUGUCGACCAACCUUACAUGCUGGGAAAUGAUUUGCAAGGACCGAACUACGAGCUGCCUGCUAGCUAUUGGCAACGAGAUCUCUACUGUGCGAUAUGGAGACAACACAUUUACCAAUAUGGCUUUGGCUAUGAAAAAUGAGUUUCAAUCGGUUAGCCUGCUGUCGGUUUCAUUCAACCACGAGCACGUGGCAUUUCUCACAAAUACUGGCUGCCUGUGGAUGGGCUCUUCGGACUUUAAGCAUAAAUAUUGUGAAUUCGUGACGGGUAGACAGGAGAAAGCAAAGCAGUUGGCUUGGUGCAUCGAUGGACGCUCGAAUUUCGAAUCACAAGCUGUAAUCAUUAGCUACAUGAACCUAAUACUGAUCGUUGGCGCAACCGGCGAAUCAAGUGUCUACACGUACGACUCACCUAUGACACUCAUCCCGGAGCUGGAUUGUGUGCGGGUGCUUACCAAUUACUAUCACGAAUUGAUCCAAAAAGUACCGGUUAGUACGAGCAAAAUAUUUGGCAUCAACAUUUCCGAGCCAGCAAGCUUCCUAUUCGAGGCGCAUCGCAAAUUCCAAGACCGGAGCCACCAGUCGGAUGAAUACCUGUGCCUGAUCCAGAACAAGCUGUCCGCGGCAGUUGCUGACUGUGUGGAAGCCGCAGGACACGAGUUUGAUCCGAACACACAGAAAAGCCUCAUUCGUGCAGCAUAUUUUGGCAAGAGCUUCAUCUCCAACUACAGCUGCGACGACUACAUCACUAUGUGCAAGACACUCAAAGUGCUGAACGUGCUGCGGGACAAAAACGUCGGCAUCCCUAUCACUAUCCAACAGUUUAAUCAUUUGCAACCAGACGUAAUAUUGGAUCGAUUGGUGUUCCGAAAGUUUUACGGGCUGUCCAUACACAUCGCAAAGUAUUUAAAGCUGCAAGAGACGAGAAUUCUUGAACAUUGGGCUUUCCAGAAAAUUACGCAGAACAAAAAUGAAGAAGAAGUAGCGCGCAAAAUAGCGGCCAAGUUUUCAAGUGCGGAUCUCCGCGAGCCGAUGUCUUUCGCCAAUGUGGCAGAUAAAGCGCAACAAAUUGGCAAAACCAAGCUAGCCAUUACGCUGCUCGAACUCGAGACUAAGAAAAAGCUACAAGUACCCUUACUUCUUAAGCUCGGUGCAAGCGAGAAGGCGCUCAUCGCUGCCACCCAGUCGGGGGAUAUCGAUCUAAUCUACAUGGCCAUCCUGGAGAUGAAGAACACGACGGCGCUGGCGAAAUUCCACAUGACGAUUCGGCGCUAUCCGUUAGCGCAAAAUUUGUACAAGAAGUACUGCCAGCUAAACAGCCUCUCCACGCUGAAAGACAUCCACUCGCAGGAGGAUGACUUCCUGUCCCAGGCGGAGCUUGCGCUACGCGAAGCGCUUCUGCUCGGUAACUUAGACGCCUCGAUCCCGGAUAUCAGCGGCAACUAUCGAAAAGCGGGAAAAGCGAUCGAGGCCGACUUGUGUGACGAGACGAAGAAGCUGAUCCGGCACCAGAAGCUGCUGAACGACAAGUGGCAGAAGGACUUCUUCGGGCUGUCGUUGCACGCGUUGAUCCGCAAGCUGCUGCAACUCGGUGACCAGCGGUACGCGGAGAAGCUGAAGAGCGAGUUUAAAAUGUCCGACCGCCGGUACUGGUGGUUGCGGGUGCAGACGUACGGUGACAACUACCAGUGGGAAGAUCUGGAGAAGCUCGCCAAAUCGAAGAAGAGCGUCAUCGGAUACGAACCGUUCGUGGAGGUUUGUUUGGCGAAAAUGAACGUCGCCGAGGCGAAGAAAUAUUUGCCACGUUGCAGCGAAGAGCAUAAGCUCAAGUGGUAUCUGCGUGCUGGCUGCUAUGCCGAUGCGGCUACCAUCGCGUUUAUGCAAAAGGACAUCGACAGCUUGCUGAAAAUACACGACCAUUGCACCAACGAUCCUGCACUCAUGGCGAGCGUAGAAAACAUGAUAGGGCAGUUGUCGAGCAAAAAAUGA